AUGCCUCAUACACCAGAACUAGCUUUCACCGUCUCAAAUACCUCUACUCUAAACACUACUGUGCAAUCCCUUGGUCCCAUCAUUGAACCACAACCGAUCUCAGUUUUUCAUUCAGUAGUUCCAAGUUGUAUUGAUGCAAGCAAUUAUGAAGAAGCUCUACCAAUGUGCAUGGUUACUCGAUCACAAACUGACCAUCUAAAACCAAAUCCCAAAUAUGCGAUGCAUUUAGUGGUUGAUGUCUCUGAGGUUGAAUCCACAUGUUUUAGCAAAGCAGUGAAGCAAGAGGCAUGGCGUUAG